CUACAAUGCUAGAAAUCGUUUUCCGAGAUCUUGGACAGAGAGAGUAUUGACCAAUCGCAUUAAUCAGUUCGUCAAAUUGUUUAAAUGUGAUUGGUCAAUUCUUUCUCUCUCCUUCUCUCUUUCUCUCUCUCUCUCUCUUACAUCUUUCUUUUUUCUUCCUUUUCCCACUCACAGGCGGGGUAGUUCGUGUUCCGUAAUCCGUACUGUCCUGUCACGCAUCUCCGUUUGCGAAUUUCGGGCAAUUCGGGCGGCACCGUUCGCGAGAUUCAUCGUCGCCGCCGGGCCUCGAUGAAGAUGAAACGGAUGAAAAGCGAAGUAAUCAGUGCAACGAUCGAGUCUUAUUUGAAACGGCGUCACUAUCAGGCCAACGACGUAUACCGCAGGAGCGAUCAGACGACGUUAUUCUGUCAGAACAGCGAUCAGACGACGUUGAACACGACCGCGGAGUGCGGUACCUCACAAGAGAAUUCAAUCGUUUUCAGUGCCAUCACCAUUGAUACCAUCGCCGCAGAUCAGGCUUAUCAGCGAUUGAGGAAAUGGAUGAGCAACAUACUCAACGAAAAGAUAAGGGUGGAAUUGCAGGGACUUUUAUACCCAAUAUUUUGUCAUCUUUAUUUAGAGAUGAUACAUACCGGUAAUCGACAGGCUGCAGCUCAGUUUCUAAAGUCACAUCAGGAUGAGUUUAUUAGUGACACUGAGCGAGACUUCUUAGAAGAAUUAGGUGAUGUGGAUACUAUACAAGACAUUGAUAUGAAAACUUAUGUAAAGGUGUUCAGAUCUAGAAAGUAUAAAGUAGAUUUAUCCGAGUCAGCUCAUGUUUGCCUGAGACAAUAUCUAACAAAGUAUGGACAUAUAAUAUUAAUGCAGAUUAUAAAUACACACAUCACAAUAAUCAGAAAGGAAGAUAGUCCCCAAAUUGAUGGAGAAGUACCUGAAGAAAAAAAUCAAAGAUAUGAAGCAAGUAUUAAUGGUCAUGUGGAACAGCCAUCUGGCACUGGUGUAGAUCGCGAAAUGCGAGAAUUGCAGGAAGCUAUACGAUUGAUACAGAACAAUGCUCAUCAACCAUUAAGAUUAUUUACUGUGAAAAAUGCUAUCGAAAAUGCAAGUUGUGGUCUUAUUGCUCCUAAAAUGGAUAAAUUAGCUGUAGGUUUUAGUACAGCCGAAAUACGUUUGUGGGGUAUAGGAGAAACGGUCUUGAUCAAGACGAAAGAUAAGCAAACGUAUAUUCCGUCUGCCUGUGAUAUAUCACCAUUUUGUAAUGAGCAAGAAAGCACAGUAAGGAGCGAAGCAGGGGCAAUAAUAUUAAGAGGACAUACGGAUGUGGUACACGAUUUAAGAUUUAUUCCAGAGGUAAACAUUCUUCUUUCUGUCUCAAGCGAUAAGGAUAUGAGAGCGUGGAGACUCAAUAAUUAUUCGUGUACAGCAAUAUAUAGUGGUCAUAACUAUCCUAUAUGGUGCAUGGAUACUAGUGUGUUCAAUUUAUAUAUCGGCACAGGCUCACAUGACAGAACAGCAAAAUUAUGGUCAUUGGAUAGGACAUUUCCCUUAAGAAUAUUCGCUGGUCAUUUUUUAGAUGUUAAUUGCAUAAAAUUUCAUCCAAAUGCGAGAUACUUAGCAACUGGUUCUGCUGACAAAACGAUAAGAUUAUGGUCGAAAGACGAUGGGAAUCUACUGCGAGUAUAUGUUGGAGCGCAAUCAACCAUUUACACUUUAGCUUUCAGUCCAGACGGCAAAUAUCUAGCUGCUGCAGGUGAUGAUAAGUCUAUAUCUAUAUGGGAUUUGGCAUCCAAUAAUAUAUUGACUGAACUGAAAGGUCAUAAAGAUACAGUCAUGAAUGUAGAUUGGAGUUUAGAUGGGCAAUACAUUGCCAGUGCAAGCCUAGACGGAAUCGUACGAUUGUGGCCUACUCAAGAUUUCAUCAAAACGUUGAAUGGAGGAUCGUCAAGUGUAAUGUCUCAAUCAGAGGCGCCACAAAUUUACCAGACAUAUUGCUCAAGCAUUCUCUCAUUGAACUAUUACAAGAAAAAUAAUUCGUUAAUUUGCAUCGGUACUAAAUAAUAUUUUAUUUAUAAUAAUUAAAAAAACUGAUUUUAACUGAAGUACGUUAUAAUCGACUAGUACUAUUAUGCUGAUCGAUUAUAAUGUACAUACUUCUAAAUCAGUUUUUUUUUUUUUUUUUAAUCUGAUGCUGUAUACUGACAAUUUUUCAGCAAACUUGAGACUGCCUUCGCGUUGUAAAAAGUUAAUUUUAUACAUUAUAUUUAAUUAAGAAUUAAGGGUUUAUAAUUGUAACUCUUAACGAUAACAUUGUUACAUUGUCAUUGCAAAACUUUUAAUAGUAUAAAAUAUCUCUACAACGACAAUAUAAUGAAGUCGUUUAGAGUUACAAGAUAGAUCCUUGGCUCUAUCAUUUAUAAGUUUUUACAGUAUUUAUAAGAAAUGCAUCAUACCAUUUCAAUAUAUUACAUACAACUGAAUCUAUAUUACCAUACUCUCAUUGAUUAUACUUUAAUUAUAUUUUUAUUUGUUUUAAUGUUUUUAUGCUAAUAUUCUUUUCAAAAAUUUUUUUAUAUUGAACCAGUGUAUGACCAGUAUAAGUAUUUUUCCUUUUUUAUUUUUAUCAUUCAUGUUUUGUUUUAAUAUUUAACUGUUACUUUUAUUUCACGAGAUCUUUUUUUGUUAUCAAAUUUUUCAUAAAUUCAAUCUAACAUGAAAAAUUUCAAGUAUUUAAUAAUAAAUUUUCAAUGAGAGAAUUCAGUAAGAGAAAUUAUCAGACAUUUAUGUCUGUGUAACUGUGCAUGUAAGUUUCCUAUGGGAAUAUUGUCUAAAGACAAUUCAGUGAUUUCUGUCUUGUUAUAAAGACUUUAUAAGUUGUGAAUAAUGUUAAAAAGUAGCGAGAGAAUACAAUUUUUAUAAGAACCAA